UUUUUUUUUUUUUGUAUUUCUCUUUCCAUUUGGUUCCAAACUUUCAUCAUUCAUUUUGAUCAUGUCCUUCGCAACCUCUGCGCUGUCUCGCAUUCGACUGGCUGCAGUCUCUGGACGCACCAGACUUCUUUCCACACCAUGGAAUCGCUUGCCAUACAGUGGUGGUGCUGCCACUUUUGGUGCGAUCCCAUCUGUGAUUCACAGCGCAGCAGCAAAAGAAGAACCUAACCGCGACUCUACUACUGUUACUUCCACCUCCACUGACCCUUCUACUGAUCAUAAAGAUAAAAAAAGAAGAAUGUCUUCCUCUUCAACUUCAGCCAUUAUCGCAUCUGCUUCCGCGAUUCUAACUACUGCUUCCAUUGCCUCUUCUUCGUCGCCUACAGAUACAAGACAUUUCUCGACCAUGCCACCAGUUGCUCAGGAACCUCACCACUCCAAGGUCGUGAUCAUUGGAUCGGGUCCUGCUGGACACACUGCUGCUGUGUACCUUGCUCGUGCUAACCUCAAGCCUGUCAUGUUUGAGGGAAUGAUGGCCAAUGGCUUUGCCCCUGGUGGACAGCUUACUACCACCACUGAUGUUGAGAACUACCCUGGUUUCCCUGAGGGUAUUAUGGGUGGUGAGAUGAUGGACAAGUUCCGCGAGCAGUCUAUUCGCUUCGGCACUGUCAUCCACACUGAGACCAUCGGCAAGGUUGACUUGACUUCUCAACCCUUCAAGCUCUGGCGUGAGGGUCAAGAGGGAAGUGAGCAUCCUACUGACACUGCUAACUCUGUUAUCAUUGCCACUGGUGCCUCUGCUAAGCGUAUGAACUUGCCUGGUGAGGAGACCUACUGGCAGGCUGGCAUCUCCGCCUGCGCUGUCUGUGAUGGUGCUGUCCCCAUCUUCAGAAACAAGCCUCUUGCUGUUGUUGGUGGUGGUGAUUCUGCUGCUGAGGAGGCCGUCUAUUUGACCAAGUAUGCAUCUCAUGUCUAUGUUCUUGUCCGUCGCGAUAAGCUUCGUGCUUCCAAGGUCAUGGCCAAUCGUCUGUUGAGUCACCCCAAGGUUACUGUUUUGUUCAACACUGUCCCCGUUGAGGCCAAGGGCGAUGGCAAACUUCUCAAGUCACUUGUCCUCCAGGACACUGUCACCAAAGAGACCCGCACAAUGGAUGCUAACGGUUUGUUCUAUGCUAUUGGUCAUAUCCCUGCCACCUCUCUCUUCAAGGGCCAGUUGGAUUUGGAUGAGGAUGGCUACAUCAAGACUAUUCCUGGUUCGACCUUGACCAACAUUCCUGGUGUCUUUGCUGCAGGAGAUGUUCAAGACAAGCGUUAUCGCCAGGCUGUUACCAGUGCUGGAACUGGAUGCAUGGCUGCUCUUGACUCUGAAAGAUGGUUGGAGGAGCACUACCCUGAUCAGCAUUAAGCAUUCGUUUUGAAUAGUUUUCAUUUUCCAUGUAGAUAGACAAUAACCAAUUUAUCAUCAAUUAAAAAAGUUAAAAAAAA